GUCCCCGGGGGACGUGGCCUGUGCCCGCCCGAGGGGGUUCCCUCAGGCUUUGCAGCACGCGGGUGGCUCCGGAGGACAUCAAGCAUCCCGUCAUAGACCGCAUCAUCCGGGUGGACCAUGCCGGGGAGUACGGGGCGAACCGCAUUUACGCGGGGCAAAUGGCCGUCUUGGGUAGAUCAAGCGUGGGACCGGUUAUCCAGCAAAUGUGGAAUCAAGAAAAAGACCACUUGAAAAAAUUCAGUGAAUUAAUGGUUGCUUACAGAGUUCGACCUACUGUUUUACUGCCUUUUUGGAAUGUGGCAGGUUUUGUUCUAGGGGCUGGAACUGCUUUACUUGGAAAGAAAGGUGCAAUGGCUUGCACAGUAGCAGUGGAAGAGAGUAUAUCGGAUCACUACAAUAACCAGAUCCGAACUCUUAUGGAAGAAGAUCCAGAAAAAUACAAAGAACUAUUGCAGAUAAUAAAGCAAUUUCGGGAUGAUGAGCGGGAGCACCAUGACAUUGGGCUUGAGCACAAUGCAGAAGCAGCACCAGUUUAUUCAGUUUUGAAGACAGCUAUACAACUUGGAUGCAAAGCUGCAAUAUUUUUAUCAGAAAGAAUUUAGUGAUAUUUUCCAUAAUGUUUGUGCCAAUAAAUUGUGACACAAAAG